GGACCCGGGCCGGGCGCGGGGGCCGGGCGCGGGACGACGAUGUGAUUCCGCCGCCGGGGACCCGUGAGCUUUGUGUGGAGCCCGAGUUCCACCAGGUGAGAAGAGUGAUGACCAUCCUUUUCCUUACUAUGGUUAUUUCAUACUUCGGUUGCAUGAAGGCUGCCCCCAUGAAAGAAGCAAACGCCCAAGGACUAGGCAGCAUGGCCUACCCAGCUGUGCGGACCCAUGGGACUCUGGAGAGCGUGAAUGGGCCCCAGGCAGGUGCGAGAGGCCUGACGUCAUUGGCUGACACUUUUGAACACGUGAUAGAAGAGCUGUUGGAUGAGGACCAGAAAGUCCGGCCCAGCGAGGAGAACAAUAAGGACGCGGACUUGUACACUUCCAGGGUGAUGCUCAGUGGGCAAGUGCCUUUGGAGCCUCCUCUUCUCUUCCUGCUCGAGGAAUACAAAAAUUACCUGGAUGCCGCCAACAUGUCCAUGAGGGUCCGGCGCCACUCAGACCCCGCGCGCCGUGGGGAGCUGAGCGUGUGUGACAGUAUUAGCGAGUGGGUAACAGCGGCAGAUAAAAAGACGGCCGUGGACAUGUCAGGCGGGACAGUCACGGUCCUCGAAAAAGUCCCCGUGUCGAAAGGCCAACUGAAGCAAUACUUCUACGAGACCAAAUGCAAUCCCAUGGGUUACACUAAAGAAGGCUGCCGGGGCAUAGACAAAAGGCAUUGGAACUCCCAGUGCCGAACUACCCAGUCGUACGUGCGGGCGCUCACCAUGGAUAGCAAAAAGCGAAUUGGCUGGCGGUUCAUAAGGAUAGACACUUCCUGUGUAUGUACAUUGACCAUUAAAAGGGGAAGAUAGUGGAUUUAUGUUGUAUAGAUUAUAUGGAGACAAAAUUUAUCUAUUUGUAUAUAUACAUAACAGGGUAAAUUAUUCAGUUAAGAAAAAAUAAUUUUAUGAACUGCAUGUAUAAAUGAAGUUUAUACAGUACAGUGGUUCUACAAUCUAUUUAUUGGACAUAUCCAUGACCAGAAGGGAAACAGUCAUUUGCGCACAACUUUACAAAGUCUGCAUUACAUUCCUCGAUAAUGUUGUGGUUUGUUGCCGUUGCCAAGAAUUGAAAACAUAAAAAGUUUAAAAAAAAUAAUAAUAAAUUGCAUGCUGCUUUAAUUGUGAAUUGAUAAAUAAACUGUCCUCUUUCAGAAACAGAUGAAACAACAAAAAAGAAAACACAACAAAAAUUUGAACCAAAACAUUCCGUUUCCAUUUUAGACAGUACGUAUCUUCGUUCUUGUUAGUACUUUAUCUGUUUUACUGCUUUUAACUUCUGAUAGCGUUGGAAUUAAAACAAUGUCAAGGUGCCGUUGUCAUUGCUUUACUUAAAGGCUUAGGGGAUGGGGGAUGGGAGGGAUAUAUUUUUGUUUGUUUUGUGUUUUUUUCAUUUGUUUGUUUUUGUUGGUUUUUUGUUUUGUUUUGUUUUUUAGUUCCCAUAGGGAGUAGGGAUGGGGAAAGAAUUCUUUCAAUAUAGAUUCUGUUUGGUAAGAGAUACAUGUGGAUGACGUACAGUUGUCUAUGACAUCAUUAGCUGACUGAAAAGUUAAAGGAAAAAGGAAGGCAACUGAACCAAACGCUCACACUCCACUCCCUGUGCACCUCCCAGGCUGCUGCUCACCCUGUGGGCACUGGCCAGGGUAGAGUUUCUCUGCUGGAAAGACCCACAUUGGCUUCCAGCACAUUCUUUCCCCUUCUCCCCCUUUGGCCCUCUCUUUGUUUUGUUUUAUCUUAAGGAAGAAAAAUCAGUGGCGUGCUCUGAGAAAUUUACCACUGCUCUGAGGGAGGAAGCAGAUCAUGGCACUCAUGUAGGCGUGAAGAGCAGUGAUUAUCCUUUUUUUUUCUUUUAUUUAAGAGAAAAAGAACAACAAAAAAGAAAUCAAAAGUAAAGUUUUUUUUUUGUUUUUAAUGAGGGAUAAACACUUGGGUAAAUUAUGAUAAGGCUUAAAAUCUUGAUAAGGCUUACAAAUGUCUUGCAAGCAAAAACUAGCAUUCCAUCUGAGUCCAGAAACGCCUGGGUUGGAGCAGGACCCGCACCGCCCAUGAAUGAGAGUGAACAGCCAUGUGGAGCUGACAUAAUUCCCCAUCAGGGCAGGAGGAAUUUCUGAGUGGCCAUCGAAGGUCGAGGUGGAGGUGGGGAAUAGUACUUGAGACAUUCCACAAGGAAAGCCUCUGAAGGAGCCUUCGGAAGAGGCUCUAGAAUGACACGUGUCAAGUUGCUUGGACUUCAUGCUUUAAAGUGCCUACAUUAUCUAACUGCUCAAGAGGUUCUCACCUGGAGGACCACACUCAAGCUGACUUAUGCCCUCCAUCCUACCCCUGGAUAAUUUUGCAUAAAGUUGGAUGAGCCCGGAGCAGGUUUGGAGCCAAAUGUGGCAUCUGGGAUCAUGAGAUUGAUGCAGUGAGAUAGACGAUGUUUGCUAUACGAACACUUACUGCUUUGAAACUAGAUUGGAGGAAACCAGGGUUUUAUCUUUUGGUAAGGGGAAAGGAAACAGAAAAAGACCCCAGAACUCAGGCCAAAGGACCAAGGCUACUGAUAGAAAAUCUCAUGCAGAGAUGAGACUUCCAAAGUGUCCAGACAUCCAAGGCACCAAGGCUGGAUGGUGCCUUGCUCGAUAGAAUAGGUCAGGACAGAGCUGACAGAUUUCGCUCCCCAGUGAAGGCCAUAGCAGCCUCCUGCCUCUCCUGCCUGUCCAUGGAGAGAUCUCGGCCUCACCUCUGCCAUUUCAGGUUAGAAGAAGUCAACUUGAGAGCCUGGAAUAGUGGCCCUGGGAAAAAUGGACCCCAAUGAAGAUUCGUGCUAAGUCCAUUCAUCCAUUCAAACCACUUCCAAACCUGAAAGUGUUAGGGGUCACCACCUGGACUGGUGUCCCUGUGCCUUAGAAGGCUACAGACAAUUGCUGGGUCUUAGUAGGGUGAAGGGUUAGCAAAAGGAUAUCCACUCUGACCCAGGGAAUGAAGACACCAUCAGCAAAUAACUUCUAUUUAUUGAGUUUUUAAUGUAGAACUAGCCUGUUUUACAGUACCAUCCAAAUACCUGUCUUUAAAAGAAGGCAGACUUUACAUAGCAUAGGUUGGCUUUAUCCUGUUUGAAAAUACUAUCUUGGUCAUUAUUUUCAACAUGUAAGGAAUACUUGGAAUAUCUGUUAUUCAUUCAUUUUUUUUUCCAGCCUCCUUUUGAGGGACAAAAUUAAACAACAAAGUCCUCAUCACAAUCUCAAAAUAUUGUCCAGGGCCAGAGCUGUAAGUGGCUUCAUAGGAGACUUUCAGCAGUGUGUGGUUGGUGACUUGAUCUUACCCAAAAAGUUACAUCACGGUCCCGUGCUUGGUGGUUCGCGUUGACCUAAGCUUUAUUGUGUUACAAUCUCUCUCUGUUGCCGUUCAUUCUUGUUCUGUUCUGUUUUGUUUUCUGAAGUCUUGCUGUGGUCUCUUUGUGGCAGAAGUGUUUCGUGCAUGGCAGCAGGACUGUUGCUUUUUUAUGGUGAUUCCCAUUGAAAGUGUAAGUAAAUGUCUGUGGCCUUGUUCUCUCAAUGGUAAAGAUAUUAUUCACCAUGUAAAACAAACAAAAAAAUAUUUAUUGUAUUUUAGUAUAUUUAUAUAAUUAUGUUAUUGAAAAAAAUUGGCAUUAAAACUUA